GAACCGGGAGUAAAAUUUUGAGAAGGCCUCUACGGUUCAGCGCACACACAUGGUUACCACCAGUUUAACCGAUUGAGUAAUGCUGUGCUGUAGUUUUGUUUUUUGUAAUGCAGAAAAAAUGGCUCUUGAACCUGGAACAGUAAAAUUCACCGUGAGCAUGAUAUAUUUAAUUUGCCUUUGUUCAGGUAAAAAAGUGAAUGACCGUCCAAUCAUCGGUGUAAUGUCGCAAGAGACUCACGGUGAUCUUGGAAAAUUUGGACCGUCGGUGGUCGUCGCAUCUUACGUAAAGCUUGUAGAAUCGGGUGGUGCUCGUGUCGCGCUUGUUAAGAUAAACCAAUCAAUGGACUAUUACAUAAAAAUGUUCAACUCAAUAAAUGGGUUGAUAUUUCCAGGAGGUGGACAGUCAGAUAUUCUUAAUUCAGGGUAUGGAAAAGCUGCAAAAAUCUUUUUUAGUAUGGCAGUUGAGAGCAAUAAUAAAGGGGACUACUUUCCGAUAUGGGGCACAUGUCAAGGUCUUCUACUUUUAGCCGCAAUUGUUGCAGGUGAAGAUAUUAGUGGUAGUGUUGAUUGUGUCAACGUUGCCGUGCCUUUAAAACCCACACCAGAUUUUGUUAAGAGUCGCAUCUUUGAUAUAAAAACGCCAGAUUGUGUAUUAAAAGCAUUGACAACAGAAAAUUCAACUUAUAACCACCAUAAAUUUUCAGUUACGCCUAAGAAUUUUACAAAGUUUGGACUGGAUAAGUUUUAUAGAAUUAUUUCAGUGAACGAAGGUGGCAAUGGACUUGAAUUUAUUUCAACUCUGGAAGCCCUUGAUUACCCAAUCUAUGGGAUCCAAUGGCACCCCGAGAAGACGUUAUUUGAAUGGAACCCACAUAAAGAUUCCGCUAUUCCACACUUUCCUAAUGCCGUGGCCGUUGCUCAACAUGUGGUGAAUUUUCUAGUCAGCGAAGCACGGAAGAGCCAUCACCGUUUCUCCAGCGAAGAUGAAGCUUCCAAGUACCUAGUCUACAAUUACCAGCCGGUUUAUACUGGCAACGUCGUAUCAUAUGAGCUGUGUUACUUUCUUGAUAUGUAAUGAUAUUGCAUAUGACAUACAAUUUUGAACAAUUUGUUUACAUUUGUUUUUGUCAUAUCCACCAUCUAAUGAAAGACAACAAACUACUUAGGAGAGUGUGUGUAUUUCGUCGCCCAUUAGCCACAUUAUCGUUGUUUAAUUAUAUUUUGUCCUUCUUUGAAGAAACGGUUUAGCUAUCAUUACCUUACCACUGGUUUAACAUUUUAUAAAUACAAUUCAAUUUAUUUUAAGGCCUAAAGCAAAAAAUAUGGAUUAUAUGAAUUUUAUAACGUUAUUGCUUCAGCACGACCAAUCAAAAUACGCUCAACUGAAGUGUGAUUUUUUUUUUUAUUUUGUUGUAUAUUAUCGCUUUUUUCGAUGAUCUAAAAAUUAAAGGAACGUAUAACUUUAAUAUAUUGGUUUGAUCCAUGAUUUUGUUUACUUUUAUUUUUUUACGUGCUGUUCUUUAUGUUGCUUGGGGCUGGCCUAUUUCGAAAUAGGUAAAUAUAUGCUGCAUAACGCAGCGUAGUAUGAUUUAAAUAUAUAUAUACAUUUUAUAUAUUAAAUUGUUUUUAUGUAUAUAACAUUGGUAUUUUUGCCUUUGUAUAUUCUUCUUGACCAAUUUAUACUAAGGUACAUCUAUUUCGACAUCUAUUUGAACAUCCAUUUGGAUUUUGGAUAGGGCCUAAACACUGUUUCUUCGGCUAUAAGGUCCUAGUAGGUCAAAUAGCAAUUGAUUUAGAUUCAUUAAAAAUAUUUCCAAGUGUUAAAUUUUAUGACUUAAUUGAUUAACUGUAAUCAUGGCAUUUCUUUUGUAUUCUGACUAUAAAUAUGGUACAGACUAUUUGAUAGGCCAAGAGAAUCUAGACAGGUGCAUUUCUCGUUUCUAAUAACGGGAACAAAACGAAUAUGAAAAUACAGAAUUAAACACUUAGUAGGGAAGAUUUCCCACCGAAUUAAAAAACGAACGGUACUGGGUAAUUGACUUUGACUUGCUUUGAACAAGGUAUCAAUUCGUAAAAGUUAUAUGAAGGUAAGCCUAUCUAAGAGUUACUCUAGAGUGGCCGAGACUCCGCCAAUCGGGAAAAUUACAGAGUAGUGACAUGUGAAAACGGGUAAAAUCUAUGAGUUGUCAGCACAGCAUAACAUAAGUUUAUAACAAACAACUUUCAAGUAAACCGGUGUAUAUGUUUAAAUGGUUAUGUUUUCACUGUGUAGUGUGUAGGUUUAAAUAUUUUGUGUCAUUAACAAUUAGGCAAUAAUCAUACAUGUAUUUAUAUGACGAAUAAAGGAAUUGAAUUGAA